CGGGCUGGGGCGGAGUGGGUGGCGCCCCGCCCGGUUUCCUCCCGGCGGGGCAGCAGAGGCCAGACUCGGUCCGGAGGGCGGCGGGGGUGCGCGCAGAAGGCUAGAGGCUUUGGCAGCAUGCAGCGAGGGCGGAGAAGCAUGCGGGGCAAGGACCGGCCGGCACCCACGCAGUGCCUGCAGACCCAGUGCUUCGACCCGCUGGUCCGCAACUGUGUGGCCUGCAGUCUCCUCCGGACGACGGAGCCUAGACCGGCCUCACCUUCCUCCGGCCCUCCCCCUCCCCACGCCCCCCUCCCCUCCGCCCCCUGCUCCCCCUGCCCGUCCCCUCCAGCAGGCGGCCCGAGCAGCCUGGCGCCCGGGACGGCGCUGCAGCCGCAGGAGUCGGCGGGCCCGGGGACCCCAGCGGAGGCCGAGGCGGCGCUGCCGCUCCCGGCGCUGCUCUUCGGAGCCCCCGCGCUGCUGGGCCUGGCGCUGGCCCUGGCCCUGCUCGGGCUGGUGACCUGGAAGCGCCGGCGGCGGCGGCGGCUGGGCACGGCGAUGGCCCCUGAGACUCCCGAGGCCCCGGAGGUCCCAGAGGCCCCGGACAGAGACCCAGACAAGCCCCUGGACGUUGACCCCACACUCUCCCCCGGAACCCUGGAUGCCAUGGCUCCCAUCUGGCUUCCGCCCAGUGAAGACCCGGCGGCCACCCCACCUGCCCACAGCGUCCCUGUGCCAGCCACAGAGCUGGGUUCCACUGAACUGGUGACCACCAAGACAGCCGGGCCUGAGCUACAGUAGCGACUGAGGAGGGCAGCAGGUGGCCCCCUCCCUCUCUACGGGCCACCAGCCAGACUUGGAGGUUGAAUUCAGUUCUUCACCCCGGUGCCCACUGUCCUUUCUGGGAGCCCACCUGCUCCCCAGCUAACCCUGCAGAGCUACAGGCACCCAGACCACAGGGCUUGGACUGCAUGGCAUUGUAUGGCAUGUUAGCAUUUGGCUUAAACUCAUACUGGGCUGCCCAGGCGGCGCUAGCGGUAAAGAAUCUUCCUCCCAAUGCAGGAGACAUUAAGGGUGGUGGGUUUGAUCCCUGGGUUGGGAAGAUCCCCUGGAGGAGGAAAUGGCAACCCACUCCAGUACUCUUGCCUGGAGAAUCCCAUGAACAGAGGAGCCUGGUGGGUUAUAUUCCAUGGGCUCGCUAAGACUGGACAUGACUGAGUGAGCACAAAUACACAAAAUAAAUUCAUACCACCUGUCGUUGUCCUUAAAGGUCA